GUUUUUGAAGCCCAAAGUGGAGGAACGAACUUCUCAAAGAAAGGAGAAAUUGUUAACCAGUGAGAGUAUUACAAAGUGACCGGACAGCUCUACUCACCAAACUGUUGAGACCUGAGGGCAAACUUUUCGGUUGAAGGAUUUUUCAAGUAUUAUGACAAGAGAAGAUCCCUACAGAGAAGAAUUUAGUUAUGACAGAAUGCCGACCUUGGAACGUGGAAGACAGGAAGCUGUACAUUACGCUCCAGAUAUAAAAUCCAGUGACCUCCAGCUAGCAAAAAGAUUCCAUCCUUGUUUCAGUUACAGAACAUGGAUCUUUUCUUUGUUGAUGGGGAGUUGCCUUCUUGUCACCUCUGGCUUUUCACUUUACCUGGGAAAUGUUUUCCCUUCUGAAAUGGACUAUUUACGCUGUGCAGCAGGUUCAUGCAUUCCUUCAGCAAUUGUGAGUUUUGCGAUCGCACGAAACAAGGUGAAUGUGAUUCCAAACUUUCAGAUUUUGUUUGUUUCGACAUUUACCAUCACAACAACAUGUUUAGUUUGGUUUGGAUGUAAACUUGUCCUGAAUCCAUCAGCAAUAAAUAUCAAUUUCAAUCUGAUUCUGCUAACUCUACUAGAAAUCUUGAUGGCAACUACAGUGAUCAUUUCUGCAAGAUCUAAUGAAGAAUGUUGGAAAGGAAAGAAGAAUGCCAUAUGUGAUAGUUCCAACAUUUUGAACAGUGUAACCUUUCCUGCUCGAAUCCUGAAAUCCUAUUCAGUUAUUGAAAUGAUUGUUGGGAUUUCUGCAGUGUUUGGUGGGAUAAUUGCUUUGAACAUGGAUGUAUUCGUUUCAGGCCCAUACCUCUCAGUAACAUUCUUUUGGAUUUUGGUGGCAUGUUUCCCAAGUGCCAUUGCCAGUCAUGUAGCAGCUGAAUAUCCAAGUAAAUGCUUGGUUGAAGUUCUGAUUGCUAUAUGCAGCAUCACUUCUCCAUUGUUGUUCACGGCUUCUGGAUAUUUAUCUUUCAGCAUAAUGAAAAUUGUGGCCAUCUUUAAAGAUUAUCCACCAGCCAUCAAACAAUCUUAUGAUGUCCUCCUGUUGCUCCUAAUGCUGCUGCUACUGAUCCAAGCUUUCCUUACCAUUGGCACUGUCGUACAAUGUGUCAGUUAUAAAAUAAAAAUGAAGUUGCACGACUCAUCUUGGGGUGCCCCCCAGACAAAUAAGCAAGACUACAAAACCGUGGAGGUAUCCAAUAACACAUUGAAGGAAUUUGACAAAGACAAAGCUUGGAAAGCCGUUGUGGUACAGAUGGCGCAAUAAGCUGAAUGGCGUGGAGGAGGCAGCCGGGGGCAGCUUGCCUGAUGUCCCAGUCCUUUUAGAUUUGGUCAUUUUCAGCAGUGUUUGGGCCUUGUCUCGCUACCUAACAUCCCCUAUCACCUUUGUAUUUACUCAACCCAUGUAUAGGGAGGCUCCCCAUGCCCAGGGUAAGAUGGGAUGGCAAGGAUGGAGUUAUGUAGUGUAUGUAGGUGACUUUGUGGCAGUUCAACCUUUACACAUUUCAUCUUUCUGUUGGUUUGGAAUAAUUGCGAAUUCGUGCUUCCCAGUUAUCUUGAAAAUAUGGUUAUUAGAACCUGAGAAUUGUCCUGCUGGAUCAGACCCAUUGUUAAUUCAACACAGUAUUCUAUUUCAUAGUAACCAUGGAAUACAUUGAGGAAGGUCGUUGUUGUCUUUCUCAAUGGGUUUUGGGAUACAAGGAUGUGCCCCAAAUAUAAUCAGUUUUCCUUUGUAUUCCAUUAUGAGUCCAUCAUCCAUGAAUUUAUCCAAACCCUUUAAAAACCAGCCCUUUGUAGCACCUCUUCAAAUGAUGACGUUCAGUAACUGUGCUGCGUUCUCUGCAAGGUAGGACUUCCUUCUGUUUGUUUUCAGGUUUCAGGGUGUGCCCUUCUAGUCCUG